GAAUAAAGAUGAAGAAAUCAACCAAACCCUUCACACGGAGAAAGCUUGGAAUACAUGGGGGACAGAAUUAGAACUGGGAUCCUGUUCUGGCGUUGGUCGGUGGUCUUGCAGCCGGACAAAAGGCGGCGACUGUUCACGGCGUGGAGUUCCUGGAAAAGGUUUUGCUUUCAGAUGCAGCCGCCGGAUUGAAAUUCGCACUCGUCUCCUGCCGGAAAGCCCAUCAUGGCCGGGAGAGGGGCCAGAGGGAGGGGCCGGGGCAGUCACAUGACCUUCAAUGUGGAAGCGGUGGGCAUCAGCAAGGGGGAGGCACUGCCACCACCCACCCUCCAACCAUCACCUCUGUUCCCUCCCUUGGAAUAUAAAGCCAUUCCACUGCAGACAGGAGAAGAAGUUGAAUACAUGUUGGCCCUGAAACAAGAGCUCAGGGGUGCAAUGAAGAACCUGCCCUAUUUUAUCAAACCGUCCGCCCCAAAGAAAGAUGUGGAACGCUAUUCCGACAAAUAUCAGAUGUCCGGCCCUGUUGAUAAUGCCAUCGAAUGGAGUCCUGACUGGAGGAGGCUGCCCUGUGAAUUGAAGAUCCGAGUGCGAAAGAUUCGCAACCAGAGGGCUGCUAUCCUGGCCCCCAAACGCAAAUCGCAUCUGCCAGUGGACAAAGGGGAAGCCAUCAAGAAGUUGGAGACUUUGGAGAAUAAGGAGGAGGAGGUGAUGUCGGAAGAGGAGGAGGAGAAAGAAGAAGGCGAGGAAGGGAAGGAAGAAGAGGAGGAAGAAUAUGACGAAGAGGAAUUUGAAGAGGAGACGGACUACAUCAUGUCGUACUUUGACAACGGUGAAGAUUUUGGGGCCGACAGCGACGAUAACAUCGAUGAAGCCAUCUACUGAAGGGGGGGGACACAUCCCUCGGGGACCCCCUUUUUUUUCUUCCUGGCACCGGUGGGCAGUUCCUAGAGGAUCCUGCAGGAGGCACCCUUCCACCAGUGGGAAGUCUCGUCUUCUCCCUGCAUUAGGAUGGUUUGCCCUGUAGGUGGCGCUCCUGUUCUGUCCGGGAACGAACGAAUGACCCAAUGGAAUAAACCAGCGUAUUUUCGUCUUAAGUUUUUUCCUGGAAAGCGGGCGUUUCUUGGAAACGUUGAGGCCCUUCUGGCCGGCUGGCUUUCUUUUUCUUUCUCGAACGGCGAAGGGAUUUUUGACCUAAUGACACCGAAAACUGGAUCGUACCGGAAGGCCUCAAAGCGUAGGUUCUUCCCCACCCUUGUUCCUUGCCCGGCUCCUGCUCUGGGUGGCUGUGGAUGAUAGGCCUUGUGGUCUGCCUUCCAACAGGGUGCUCAGCUACCGCCGAGGGAUUCCUGCAAGAAGUGGAAAAGGACGGGCUUGGAAAUUUUAAUGUCCCGAAAAGCAUCCCCAUCUUUCUGUUUUGUCUCUUCCAACAUUCUUCGCAUUUCUUGGAAACAAAGGAGAUGCGAAAGAGUGCCUUUUCGGGGGGGGGGGAAGAAUCAGCCAGACAUAUUAAUGAGAUGGGUUUAAAUUCUACAGACCUCUGGAUUCUGUCAAAGGAGGCAAAAUGGGAACAGAACCAGCGUUUCCCAGAAGUUGGCAGAAAACUUGGUAAAGUCUUAGGAUGGACCCAGGAUGGGUGUGCGGAUCCUGCAUCUCUUUCCUGGCACACCAGCGCAUAACUCGCCUUGCGCGUCACACAGAACCAGCAUUUUGCCAUCGGUGUAUUUUAAAUAGCACUGGACUUGCUUCUCCUCCCCCGCCAAGAGAAAAUAGGCAAUUUAAAAACAUUUUUGAUGCUGUUUUUGAAGUGUUAUCAAACAACAUUCCGACUUUUGCUCCCCUUUUCCUAAAUCCCAUGAUGUUUCUAUUCCUGUUGCUGUUUCAGAGUCUCUUGGGGUUGUGUGUUCGUGACAAUUCGUGUGGUCAGUUUUGCUUCAGACGUUUGGCCCUGGCUCGGUGGCUGAUGCCGUUCCCAUCUUGAGUCGUCACCGUAAACCCAGCGAGGAGAGGAAGGGUGGGAGAAGAUGUAGUGCGUUUUGUGGGAAUUUGAACCCAGAUCUGAGUCCAGCCCAUUCGCCACUCGACUACACUGCCUGUGUUGUUUCUACUUGGUUUGAAGACUUCCGAGAGAGAGGGUGAGAAUGCCCCUGGGCAUAUACAGAGUGCUCUUGGGUGACUUCUUUCACCUGUCUUGAUGGCUUUCUCAUUUAAUCUCAUACAGAUUAAGAAUUUAAUGCGUUCAAAUUAUAACCAAAAGGGGUUACUCAGAGUAGAUCUUUAAAUGGCUGGGCUGCCCCAUUUUCCAGGAAGGAAGCCAAAGCAGUAAGGAAAACCCUCUCCUGUG